GCCCUUGUAUUACCACGUUGCUCCGGGAUGAGGCCGUCACGGUUGGCGCCCUGCACCGCUGCCGCAAUGGCAGCGCGGGCCGAGAACGAGCCGGCCGCCGGCUCACCACUGUCUCGCCGCAACGCCCAUUCGGAGCGCGUGAGGCAGCUGAGGUUUGCUCUGGAGGAGGAGGAGCGGGCAGUGGCCGCGUGCGACUUGGAGCUGCAGGCGAUGGAAUCCAGCCCCACCGACGCGCCGCCGGUGCCCCCGACGCGCUCCGUCCGCGCGCUGCUCGCGCUGACGUCGCCCAUGUACGGCAUCGGGAUCGCAUGGGGGGCGCAGUACGCCAAGGUGACUCCGAUCCUGCAGCAGCUCGGCCUCGCCCCGUGGUUGCUCUCGGUGGCGUGGCUCGCGGGGCCUGUCUCUGGCCUCGUCGUGCAGCCGCUCGUUGGGCAGGUCUCCGACCGCACCCACUCCGAGUCGCGCUUCUUCCCCGGCAAGCGGCGGCUCUGGAUGUGGUGCGGCAUGCUCGGCCUCUCCCUCUCCUCCAUCACGAUGGCCUUUAGCCCAAACAUCGGCCUACUCCUCGGCGACCCCGACGAUGCCGCCCUCCUCGCCGAGACGGCACUCCCCGAGACCGGCUCGGGCGCCGCCCACGCGCUCCCGCCCGCGGAGCUGGGGGAGCAGCUGAACGGUGAGCUCGAGGCGACCCUCUCGGAGGGUGGGGGCUACCACCCGGCGGCUCUGUGGGUCGCGAUCGCCUCCUUCUGGGCGGCCGACUUCUUCCUCAACGCGCUGCAGGGACCCGCGAGGACGCUCGUGGCGCUCGCCAACAGCAUGUUUUCGGUCUGGGACUCGCUCGGCAAGGUCUCGGGCUUCUUCUUCGGCUCGCUCGACUGGUCGUCCUUCUUUGCGCCCGGCGAAACCAACCUACUCGUCGAUGCGCACGUGCUUCCGGGCCGUCGCGCCCUCUUCGCCGACUGCCGCGCCAUCUUCGCCUUCUCAAUCGCUGCGAUGGCGGCGACGCAGCUCGCCAACCAGCUGAGCUUUGUCGAGCCGCCACCCCAUCCGCGCGCACUGGCGACGCCGCUGACGGCCAAUCCGCUACGGCCGCUGAUCGACUCGCUGCGGCGGAUCCCGUCGAUGCCGCGGAGCCGCUCCACUAGAUGCGGCUUGCAGACCCGUGAUUGCGUCGGCAGUCGAGAGGACACCUAUUCGGUUGAGUGGUCUCAGCUGCCUUCGGCGAUCAGCCAUGUUCGUAGCACCUGGCACGUGCGCGCCACCUUUGCCACACUCUUCUCCAUGUUCGUCGGCUGGUUCAUCACGUGGAUGUACCUUCCUGCCUUUAUGGGCGGGUCCGUCUACGGCAUGACUCUCGCCUCGCUCGUCACGCUGGUCUUCCUCUGCCUCGAGCUGAUGCACACGCUGCUGCUGAUCCUCCUCGGCACCAGCAUCGCCACCCCCGGCCCCGCGAUCGCCGCGAUCGCCGCCCUCGGACUGCCCUUUGCUGGCUUCCUCGUCAUCCCCUAUGCCAUCGUCGGCCGCGCCGCCGCUGAGUCCUCCGGCGCGGGGCAGUACAUGGCGACGAUGAACCUUUUCCUCUGCCUGCCCGAGCUGCUCGUCUCUCUCGUGAUCGGCCCCGCCGCGUCGGCUUCGGGAUCGAUGCGCCUACCCCUCCUCGUCGGCAGCGUCUGGUGCGCCGUGGCUGCAGCUGUGAUUCACACAUACCUCGUGCGCACCACGCCGCAGCAGCGGCGCGCCUCGUGCAAGCGCUAUGUCAAGAACAAGGCGGCGGCGGCCAAGAAGCGCGCCGCGGGCGAGGGGGACGGGGCGGAGCUGCUUGCCCAAAAGGCGGCGGCCGACGCGGGCGCGUGGACGGUCGCCCGCGGGGAAGGCGAGUCGCCCAAGGCGGAAGACCACCCCCCCGCGUGGGCCCCGCCAGCUGCGCAAGCGCCCAUCGUCGUCGUCGUUGACGAAGUUCAGAUCACCAGUGAUGCAGCGCUCGUUCUCGUUCCAGGGGCUCAGCACGUAAAGGACCACACGCCUUGUCUGAGUUGGACCACGGUGUACGACAAUGCAGGAGCAGUGACCAACUACACCCUGGGGCAGAGCGACGCCAAGGGCGCCUUCCUGCCGCGGUGCCGGUUCAGCGUGGACCAGCAGACAGGCACCCUCCUCGAUGGGAACCACGUUCUCAAUGUGCUUUUCAAUGGGGCAUUCUGGUCGCGGCUUCUGACCGCUCUGGACGCGGCGAACCUCUUUGCCACUCCCAUGGAGAAGAUCGGCGUGUUACACCAGCGGCUCGCCGGUCUGGCAAUGGCCAACCCAGGGGUCUGGGUGAUCUCGCACUCGGAUAUCUUUCUCAGGCGCGCGGGGGGCCUCGCGGGCCAUUCAAAACUACCCUGCUCUUCUAAAAUCGCGUGA